GGAAGGCGCCGUGCGCUCUUGAGGACCGAGGAAGGCGCCGUACGCUUUCGAGGAACGAGUGCGCAGGUGAGAAGGGGGACGGCCACCGCGCACGCAGAACGGGGUGCGACACGACAGCGCACGCAGGAUGGGGCGCGGCACCACAGUGGACGCAGGAUGGGGCGCGAGAAGGGGAGGACCGACGGGCGAAGGGCGGGGGGAGCGGGCGAAGGGGAUGAGUGCGGUCGGCGGCGAGAAGCGAUCUCGACGACGCAGCGCAGCGCAGGCGUCGCGGGCGCAGCGCAGCGCAGGUGUCGCGGGCGCCGGGGGUCGAUAUGGAGGGCGCGAUGCUUGCGGAGGUCGAGGACGCGAUGAUGGCGGAGGCCGAGGACGCGGCGCAGCGAUGAGGAAGGCUCCGGCGACGCGGCGCAGCGUGCGGACCUCCGACGACGGCAGUGCGUGCGGACGGACCCUCGACAACGAUUCCCUUGCUUUCGUCUCCCCCCCCCUCCGCCUCGUCUUAGUCUCCCCCUCGCCUCGUCUUAGUCUCCCCCCUCAUCUAGUCUUAGUCUCCCCCCUCAUCUGGUCUCCCCCCUCAUUUGGUCUCCCCCCCCACCUGCCUCGCCGUCCCUUUUCAUCGUUCCAGUCUUCGUCCCAUCGUUCCAAUCUUCCUCCCAUCGUUCCAGUCUUCCUCCCCUCGUUCCAGUCUUCCUCCCCUUGUUUCAGUCUUCCUCCCCUUGCUUCAGUAUGCCUCCCUUCAUCCGAUCUCUUUACCGGAGUCCUCCGAUCUCUUCAUCGGAGUCCUCGCGAGCACACGAUUAGAUCGGUGUGCGAGCAUACGAUUCAAUCGGUUUGCGAGAACGCGCUAGUCUCCCUUAGCAGCCGCUUGUGGAACAACGCGCGUGCGAAUCGGUUCUCGAGGACACGACGCAAUCCGUUCUCGAGGACACCGCGCAAUCGGAUCUCAGAGGACGCGGCGCAAUCGGAUCUCGAGUCCGAACGCGCGAGCUGGCGAAGAAGCAACGGGGUAUCCGCAUCGGCAAUAAUAAACACGCAUCGGCAAGCAUGAACACGCCUCAGUACUGGUACAAACCACCCCACCGCCAAUCCAGUGUAUAACACUCAGCCGCCACUCUAGUGUAUAAGCGCCCACCCGCCAGUCGAAUAAACAAGCACUUAGACUCAGCCGCCAGUUCACGGCUCCGACACCGAACAAGCGGCUCUGACUGCCUUCCGAGCUACGACGGAGGCCGCUUCCGAGCGACGACAAAGCCGUGAUAGAUCACCGUCGGCUACAGGAGUCAGGAGCACGUCUUCCCGUCUUGACA